UCGGAAAUGUGUCAGGGGGAAGGCAUUAAAAAUCUGUCCAAGUACACAAGUAGGACAAAUAAGGAAGGAAGUGAGAGGCACCUACUGCAACCCUAAUUUAUCAGAGGCAUCACCAAGCUCUUCGCUUGUUUACUAAAGGAUACAGGCUGGCUGACAGCUCUAUAGGAUGACUUUCUCCUCCCAUGUGAUUGUCUACUAAGGGUGGACUGUGACCUUGCCCUCAAAAUGCAGCUUGAAAUUUCAAAACACACCUUGAUUACCUCCCACUAUCUACCUCAGCACUAUAUCAAUGGGAGGAAGCCUGGCAGGAUCACAUUUAUCCAUUGAGUGCUGUGAGGACAGAGCUUGCCUGGAUCUAAGUCUUGCAGGAAUCUGUUGAAGUGACUCCAGCUGUAUAUUCAUCCUUCCAUAUGAUGGCACCAUGUGUGAGACAACUUCUGAACUGCAAGAGGUUCUUCAUUCUGCUUUUCACUCCCCUGUUGCUGCUCCCUUUACCCCUCAUCAUCCGCACAAAGGAAGCCAGUUGUGCCUAUGCCAUUAUCCUCAUGGCUGUGUUCUGGUGUACGGAGGUUAUCCCCCUCGCAAUCACUGCUUUGCUACCAGUUUUGCUCUUCCCAAUGUUUGGAAUUCUGGAAUCAAAACAGGUGUGCAUGCAGUACCUGAAAGACACGAACAUGCUGUUUGUGGGAGGAUUAAUAGUAGCCGUUGCGGUGGAACACUGGAACCUGCACAAGAGGAUAGCACUGAAGGUUCUGCUCAUUGUUGGAGUUCGACCACCCUUGCUCAUGUUGGGGUUCAUGGGAGUCACGGCCUUUCUGUCAAUGUGGAUAAGCAAUACUGCAACCACAGCCAUGAUGGUUCCUAUCGUGCAGGCAGUCCUCAGUCAGCUCAAUAACACUGAGCAGGAGCCUUCCAUAUUGGACUCCGAUGGACAAACCAACCAAGCAAUGCAACUGGAUGAAAAGGAUGCCAUUCCUAUGAUAGAAAUGCCAAUAGUGGCAAAUGGCCACACGCGGGAAAUCUCCAUACAGGAUAAAGAGAAAAAGGAGAAGCAUAUUAAUAAAGGCAUGAUGCUGUGUGUCUGCUAUGCAGCUAGUAUAGGAGGUACAGCAACAUUAACAGGAACGGGACCAAACCUUGUACUGAAAGGACAGUUUAGCUCGAUUUUCCCCAAUAAUGGUGAUAUAUUGAAUUUUGCUUCUUGGUUUGGAUUUGCUUUCCCUAACAUGAUUGUGAUGUUGUGCAUUGCCUGGAUGUGGCUUCAGUUGUCCUUCAUGGGAAUGAACUUAAAGAAGACAUGGGGAUGUGGAGCUAAAAGUUCAGAGAAGGAGCGAGCGGCUUAUAAUGUCAUCCGAGAAGAAUACCGCAAGCUGGGGCCAAUUUCCUUUGCAGAGUAUAACGUGCUUUUUCUCUUCACCCUGCUGGUCAUCCUUUGGUUUACAAGAGAUCCUGGUUUUGUUAAAGGUUGGGCCACUGUGCUCUUCAAUAAGGACAAUGUGGAGUAUGUAACUGAUGCCACUGUGGCUAUAUUUGUAGCUGUCCUUCUGUUUGUUCUGCCAGCAAAAAGACCUAAAUUUACCUGCCAUACGCAGAGUGACAGUUUUGAUCUUGAAGAUCCACGAGAAGAAGAGGAAUCAUUUAUGUCCGCACCAUUACUGACCUGGAAGGUAGUUCAUAAGAAGAUGCCAUGGAGUAUUGUUCUUCUUCUUGGAGGAGGCUUUGCAUUGGCAAAAGGCAGUGACGCAUCUGGUCUUUCCUUAUGGCUUGGUCGUCAGAUGAUGUUUCUUCACAGCAUUCCAGCUUGGGCCAUCGCCAUUAUCCUGUCACUAAUGAUCGCUGUUUUUACUGAAUGUGCCAGCAAUGUUGCUACAGCAACUCUUUUCCUUCCCAUCCUGGCCUCCAUGGCAAAAUCUAUUAUGGUUAAUCCACUGUACAUAAUGAUUCCUUGUACUCUGAGCACCUCCUUUGCUUUCAUGUUACCUGUCGCCACACCCCCUAAUGCUAUUGUCUUCUCAUAUGGUCAUCUCCAUGUGUCUGAUAUGGUGAAAACAGGCAUCAUGAUGAAUAUCAUUGGUGUAUUAUGUACCACGAUAGCUAUCAACAGCUGGGGACGUGUCAUGUUCGACUUGGACACUUUCCCAUCAUGGGCCAAUACUACAGAUGGAAACUGAUGCAAAAUGUAUUUGUGCCAACAUACCUGUGCCAUGAACACUUAUCUUCCUGAUCAUGAACACAAGAGCUGUAUGGAGCUUGAUUUGUCAAAAGGGAUUGCUGGAUAAAACGGACCUCAAAAAGCUAAGGACAUAGAAAUGGAAGAUCUAAGAUUACUUGCAGAACAAAUGAAAAUGCAAUACAAGAACUACCGUACUUUUCAAGGUUACAUGAACCAGGAUUUCAACAGGAUUUGUAAAAAAAAAUAUUUAAAAUCCUAUUCAUUACAUACUCAUUGUAAAUAGACUUAUCUGCUGGUUGGUUCUUAGUAAAUGUUCAUUUUUUUCUUUUGUCAGGUGGUCAAAAAGCUACACUAUUUAAAAAAAAACAAGCUAGUUUAAACUUCUUAAACAGAACAUCAUUUCUUACAAUUGGUUUCAUCUGGUGGGGUCGGACAGUUAACAGUAAAAAUGUGAUACUGAAAUUUUGUUACAUGAUAGUUUUCUUGUCACUUUUUACCCCUAUUGAUUAUAAAAUACAAGUCAUAUCUGAUUGUUACAUUAUUAUCACAGUGAAAUCUAUUUUUUAAAAUAAUUUAAUUAAAGUAACUCUGUUAAGACAGGGUCCAAACUAAGUGAAAACCGCUCUGUAAAAAAAAGAUGCUGUAUAUUUACUUUUUCGGUAGCCUGUGUUUCCAAACUCCACCAUAUUGCUGAUCCUGGUUCAGGACGUAUCGAACACCUUUAAGUGUAUUGAAUACCUGCUACUCCACCACGCGCUCUGGUCACUUCUUCUGGGUGAUACGUGAUUAUCAAUUAAAUGAUAUAGAGGACGGUGGGAAUCACAGCGAGCAGUGGAGGAAGCAGGUGUUAGCACACCCAGAAGUAUCGUAUAGAUUUAAAGACAUGGGCUACCGGACAGGUAAAUAUACAGAAUUUUUAAUUUGUAAACCGAUGAAAUGCAGUCUUCAAGAAUAUAUCACACAUUCCUUUCUGUGCAACCAUUGACUAAUUUUUUUAAUUUUUAUAUUUUUCUCAAACAGAUUUUGCAGAAAAAGCUUGCACUUUUUACAACUUACUCAAAAAGAGGACUUUUUAGUAACUUACUGCUAUUGCAUAUUAAGGUCUAAUGGAGAUAUGCAGAUUUGUGCUGACUGAGAACUAUAAUCCAUGCUAAGAUGGACUGGGUCAUAACUGAUGUGCUACCAUGGCUCCUCAAAAAUGUAAAUAGUCAGUCUAUGCAGAAUCUUCCUUAGUCUUAG